AUGGAGCGUCCAACACCACCUCUAAAGCUCGACUACAGGACUCUUGAUAACGAUUGCAGAAUUGCAGUGUCAAACAAGUUUGAAGUGCUCAAUCGAUGUGAAGAUGAUAAGUUCAGCCUUAUCUGGGACUGCAGCACAAUGUGUGGGAUAUCGCAGGCCUAUAUACCAUUUGCAGCUUUUAAUGAACACAAGAAGUUAACAAGUGGUAUUGCAUGGCGAGGAGAUCCAAAUAGUUUGCUCUCUGUUGGAAGGGACUGCUUAAUCCACCACGCCUUCAAGGAUGCCACAAGACCAAUGGAGAAAGUGAAUCCCGUUGGCCUGGACAUCAGUGUACACGGCAACAUUUCAAAUGCAACUCGCAUCAAAGAAGACUCAGAACCACAAGGCGCUUUAGCCAAAAAUUUCCAAUAUUGUUGCUUGAGUUCUGUUAAUAAUGAUUUUCUCCGUAUAUUUCAACUAAACAAAUCUCACUAUUCUAGGAAAUCUCCUGCUAUGAAUGAGCAUUAUGGCCAAGUGUUAUCAUCGGUCAACAUGAUGCUGUGUGAGGAGGAAGGUCCAGUAUCACCUUAUCACUUGGUCCAGUCUGCCAAGAAUUAUCUGCUGGCAGGGAAAUCCUUGGCCGAAAUAUGUGAGCACAAUGCUGCGGUGGCCAAGAAGCUGAACAGACCACAGAUUGCUUUGACUUGGCAGAUGUUGCAACUGUUGUAUGUAGGUGCAGGUGGAGGUACCGAUCCUUUGAUAGGAAUCCAGUCUUCUUCAAGGGAUGAUCCUGCAAUUCAGCCAGACACUAGCAUGGAAAAUGAUCAGAGAUCUUCACGCCACUAUUCAGGAGGCGAUGGAGGAGGAGACACAUCUGGUGGAGGCUUUAGUGCAGAAGAAGGAGAUACAGAGACUGAUGAUACAGAUAACCAUGAUCUUAAGCUUACUCAUAUAGCAAGCGGCAUGACCAUCAACCAAGACUUUUUCUUUGGAGAUGGGGAAAUCAAUCAAAUGCCUUUUGACUAUGACAACCUGAAUAACUUUGAUACAAGCCAAGAUUGGACACUGCCCAAUGAGGCAUUCCAGCCUCGCCAUGAAAUCCUCUAUCCAUCUGCCAUGCCACCACAAGAGUACCAUUCAAAAUGCUCUCCAAGAGAAAUCCAAGAGUCGGGUACUGCAACAGGAUACAUUGUUGAACCACAAUCACUACUAAGUGAGGUGAAAGGACUUGGAACUCCAGCAUGGGAAUGCUCUGAUCUUGUGGUAAAGAUGCUGUACCAUUAUGCCAGCAAUGGGGAUGUUCAAAUUUUUUUUAACCUGGUUAUUUUGGUUGGCGACAGGCUGAAGGAAUAUCUUGACAAGGACCAAGUCGAACAUUGGUUUCUGUCAUAUAUUGAUUUACUUCAACGUUUCCAACUUUGGAAUAUUGCAAAUAAAUAUAUUUGUCCUGCAGAGUACACAGGUUUGCCCGUUGUUCAGCAGCAGAACCAGCAGUCCACAACCAUUGCCCUUCAGUGCGGUCAGUGCGGGGCCAUUGUAUCACGGAACAGUCUUUUUUGUAGGAAGUGUGGUUGUCCAACAUCAGCCUGUGCUGUAUGCCAUGGUAUGGUGCGAGGACUGUUUGUAUGGUGCCAAGGAUGCUCCCAUGGGGGCCAUCUGAACCACAUGAUGAAGUGGGUGGCCAACAAUAAGUCAUGUCCUGCAGGAUGUGGCCAUCUGUGUGAGUACACCUGAGUACACAAUUAAUUGUGAAUUUUAGAUUCUCCAUAUCUUUGAUGUUGCUACUUAUUUCAGAAUCUGAAGUAUAUGUACUUAUUUUUUCCUUUAUUUUAUGCUGUGAGAAUACAGUGGGUAAUAACAUUCAAUUGGAGUGAAAAUUUUAAGAAAUUACCUAAGGAGUUGUUGUAUUGGAGUGAAAUAUCUAUGAUUUGCAGUUACUGUUUCCCUUACUUGUUAGAGGAGAUGUAUUGAGUUCCUAUGUAUUGUAUUGUACUGUAUAUAUAUCUGUAUAUAUUUGAUAUAAGUACA